CCCCCAGCGAGACACGGGACGAGAUUGCACUAUUGGCACUCGGAUGCGUGGGCUCGUCGACAAGAUUGACAAGAGACAACACUGACAAUCAAGGCUUGCGUGCUGCUCGUCCUCGCACGGCCACGCCGGAGUAUCGCCGGAUCAGCAGCAGAUCCAGAAUCGACGAGAUGCUGUCCACAGUCCUCCCCCUUCCCGAGAUCCUGCUGCUCAGAUCUGCACAUCAUUCAUUCGCUGUGUCGGGGCCAGUAUCACUUCAGGCUCCUCAGUUCCAUUGUUGGUUCCAGUCCAAGCUGGACAUCAACUCUGCAUAUCUACAGAGUUCCAGAAAUCCAGAAAGCUAAAAGAUGACAAUUUCGAGCGCUUGGCAUGACCAGGAUGUCUCCCGGCUGUAUGCAACCCCCUGGUCCUCCAAUUCAGCCGAGUUUCGUGCGUGGCUUUAUUGGCAGGACAGUAAUAUCGCCUGGAACGGGCAGCUCGGCCGAAGGGCUCGACGGAGUGCAUGCCUUUCAUUUCCUCCAGCGAAACGGCGCAGCAAUGUCGGGGUGCCCGUUCCUCUCUGGGAAUUCUGGCAUCUCACACGAUUCCCGGGGUUUUCUCUUGAGUCGGACUGGUAGAAUUCGAGCCAGGCCUUGGCUGGUUAUCGCAAACUCAAAUCAUGGAUGCAGAAUCCCCCAUUCUCGAAGCGUCCAGGAUGCCAUGUGGAAAAUCCUUCAUGCGCUCGUCAGACAGUAGACUGAUAGGCCCAUCGCCACGAGUUGGCUGGCUGGCUCCAGGUCCAGGGUUAAACUUUUGCUCAGUCUCACCUUUGUCCGUUCGAGCCUAGUCGCACGUCCAGUGGUGGCUUUACUAUUCUUUGUGAAACUCUGCUCCAGUCACCCCGAACGGCGGUUCCUGCUCGAUCCUCUGGGUCUCUAGUCGAUAGUCCCAAUCAUGAACCCUGGACUUGUAUAAAGAAGGAUCCUCUCGACAUCUGGAUAUACCCCCCUCUUGGCCCCCUGUACCCGUUCAUCCUCGCUGUCUGCUCUCAACACCCAUGCGGCGGCGAUGGCUCACUACCUAAUCCCACGGCAGCUGCCUGAAGCAGACAGUGCAGAAAUUGAUUACUCGUCAAAUGCUCCCAAGAUCCUUGCCAUCACGGGGACCCUGACCGGGCUCUCGUGCCUGUUGGUGGUGCUGCGAUGCUACGUGCGGAUCUUUGUUCUGCGCCGCUUCUACAUUGAAGAUUACAUCAUGGUCUUUUGCGGGAUAUGUUGUCUGGGAGUACAGGCGUGUUUCGUCGGCGAAAGCCACGUUGGCAUGGGCCUGUGGUCGGCGGCAAUCGAGGCAAAGAACUACGGGGGCAAACUAUCUCAGUGGAUCUGGUGGCAUUCGUUGAUUGUCGUGCUGGGCAUCAGUCUGGUCAAGAUCUCCCUCGGUUUCUUCCUCUUGCGAUUUACAGCCCAGAAAAAGUGGCUCAAGUGGUUUAUCAUCGGUUCAAUCAUUUUCCUAACUCUGUUCACCAUCGCUUCCCUGGGGACACUGAUCUUUCAAUGUCUCCCUGUCCGUGCCGCAUGGGAUUUCCAACUGAGAUUCGAAAAAGGGACCAAAUGUUUCUCCGUCUCGACCUACCUCAGCAUCGGUAGAUUUAAUGCUUCCAUCAACAUCAUCACGGAUUUUCUCUACGCGACGCUGCCGGUCUUUAUGUUCUACAACGUCCAGGUCAACCGCCGGACCAAGGCUUCGCUGAUGGGUAUCUUGGGCUUGGGCUACUUUGCCUGCGGUGCGGCAAUUGUCAAGGCAGUCCUGCAGGGUCGCGUCUUUGGGCAGACUGAGCUGUACCGUGAAAACACCUACCACAUCUGGAACUACGUCGAACUCGCCGUCGGAGUAAUCGCCGCCUGCUUCCCCACGAUCAAGCCCCUGGUCAAGAGCAUAAUCGGCAGCACACGCAGCCUAACCAGCUACGGCCGCACGCGGAAACGCACCAACGAAGCCUACUACGGUCCCAACAGCCACGCACUCAGCGCCAUGGCACGCAGCCGCCACGACAACGAGGAGGAUAAAUACCGAGUGCAGAUCCACGCGAACCACCCGAGCCUGUCCGGCUCGGAUGGCGGGAGCGAGGAGAAUCUGGCGAGAGAUCAUCAUCGGAAGAGUCCGAUUACGAUGAAUACGAGGAUCAUGCAGACGACCGAGGUCAUUGUUCAUAGUGAGGAUAGCGGCGAUAUUGGGUCCGCGACGAUUGGUCCAAGGAGGACGGUUGAGGAUCGGAUAUAGGAUGGGGUUCCUUUUGUUGGGUCCUUUUGUGACGAGUGGGAUUCUCUGGGAAAAGGUAUAGAUUAAUGCGUCAGAGUAAUAGACCAUUUUAUUUUGAACUUUUGGCAGUCUCCUCACCUUUUUGAUGGAUUUCCUCUAUGCCACGCUGCCACCUGCGCUGGUGGCCGCAUACCAGUCCGCAUGUCCCAGUCUCGAUUCAUCGCAUGGCCCCAAAUCAGCUUUCAUGCAUACAUCCCCCUGAGUCCGGUCGCCUUGGUAGUCUUGGCUAAGGACCUGUCGAAUUCCCUGGUACUUUCUUCUUCGGCCAGGCGGACCUUUGUGAUUCUUCACGCGCUUACUCGGUAUAUUAAGCGCCUCAUUGUANUC